AUGCUUGCAACCAAAGCAAAGGAAGAGGUGUCGAUCGGCAAAGGCACCGAGGUGGACACGGUCGUGCCUACCUCGGAGUCGUGCGCGACACCCGAAAUGCACCAAGAAGCGUUUAUGCAGAGCCGCGACAGUCUGGUCUCGUCCCUGGAUGCCACGGACGCGAUCCUGACUGAGCUGCGCGAGUUUAACCGCGCGCAAUGGGUUCUGCGCUACCCUACCACUGACUCGCAGUCGUCGCCACUGUCGGUCCUGCGCCUCGAGCUCAAGCUCGGUGCGGCCGGCAACGCCAGCACGCUCGUCGAUUCGCUCGAAAAGUCGUCGAUCGGUCAGCUGCUGGACGAGCGCAUGAGCCGCUCGCUCGGUCACCUGCGCAACCUGCGUGUGCGUAUCAGCGACACGCAGUCCAAGGUCUUGGUCACCGGUGACUUGAACGCCGGCAAGUCGACCUUUGUCAAUGCCCUGAUGCGCCGCAAGAUGGUGCCGACGGACCAGCAGCCGUGCACGAUGGUCUUUUGCGAGAUGCACGACGCCACUCGCGAGAAUGAGGGCCGCGAGGAGGUGCACAUCGUGUACGAUGCGCAAAAGUACGACGCCGCGGACCCCACGACGUAUACGCGCCGCGACCUCGGCGACCUCGAGGCGAUCUUUGAGGAGGAGGACAACAAGGAGGUGGGCGAUGCACCCGUCCUCAAGUGCUACUGCACCGACGUGCAGGCCUCGGAGGAGAGCCUCUUGCACAACGGUGCCGUGGACAUUGCGCUAAUUGACGGUCCCGGUCUGAACCGCGACAGCGUGCAGACCACCGCGCUCUUUGCCCGCGAGGAGGAGAUCGAUGUGGUGGUGUUUGUCGUCAGUGCCGAGAACCACUUUACGCUGAGCGCCUGCGAGUUCCUGCAGAACGCCAGCAACGACAAGGCCUACGUCUUUGUCGUGGUCAACAAGUACGACCAGAUCAAGAACAAGGACAAGUGCCGCAAGCGCGUGCUCGACCAGAUCCGCGAGCUCUCCCCUCGCACAUACGAAGAGGCCCAGGAGCUCGUGCACUUUGUCGACUCGCGUGCGAUGUGCGAGGCGACCGAAGGCGCGCACGACGCGACGGCGCAGGCCGAGCGCUUCGAGUCGCUUGAGACGAGCCUGCGCGACUUUGUGCUGCGCCGCCGUGCCAAGUCGAAGCUGCUUCCGGCGCAGACCUUUUUGGAGCGCGCGCUCGGCGAUAUUCUCUUCCUCGCCCAGCUCAACAUGAAGGCCGCGAACGACGACGUGGAGUCGGCGCGUGCCCAGCUCGCCAAGAGCCGCCCCGCGCUCGCCGAGUGCGAGGCAAACGCCCUCAAGGCGCAGCGCAUGGUCGAGAGCGAGGAGGACCGUGUCGUGGGCCAGGUGGCUGAGCACACCGAGACGCAAGUCGCCUCGGCCCUCGACAAGGUCGGCCACGGCCUUUCCGCACACGAGUCCGUGUCGCUUCCUGCCUACCCCGGUCUCUGGAACGUGUGGGAGUACGCGCAGGACGUGCGCAAUGCGCUCCUCACUUCGGUCGAGGCGGCGGUCGAGGAGUGCGAAGAGUCCGCACGCAAGACCACCACUGCCGCUGUGAACCAGAUUGGCGCGGCGGGCAGCGAGCACCUUCCUUCCGACAUCAAGGUCCCUCAGCGUGUGUUUAUGCCCGAGGCGAUGUUUGCCAAGAAGUCCUCGACGCACUUUGCCGGUCUCGGCGUGAGCGUCGACAUUGUUGCUGUGCGUAUUUCCGACCUGUUCGACGUGCAGCAUCACCUCUCCUUCUUGACUGCUCCCCGCGAGGGCAAGAGCGAGAAGGAAGAGACGAGCCUGGUGCCGUCCAUGUCGAUCGGUCUCGGCGCGCUGACGCUCGUCGGCUCGCGCUCGCUGGGCAUUAAGACGGCGAUUGAGGCGUUUGUGCGUCUUACCGAUAUUCUCGGUAGCCGCGCUGCGCGCCGCUGGGCUGCACCUGUUCUGCUGCUGGUCAGCGCCGGUGCGCUGACGUGGGUGAUCAUGGAUCUCCCCAACGCCGUGCCCCGCAACGUGGGCCGCUCGCUGCAGCAGGAGCUCAUGUCCGGCGAGGUCGUGCGUGCCGCUGGCAACAGCACGGCUCUGCUCCGCAAUUCGUCCAACGUGUUUGCGACGAUGCAUUCUUCGCGUGUCACGCGCGAGACCCGCAAGGUCCUCCGUCUCGCUAGCUGGGACUUGCAAGAAAAGUUCCGCGUGGCGAUCGGCCACCGCCGCUCGGAUGUCGAGCGUGCGGAGCAGCAAGAGAAGGUCGCUGCCUUUGCCCUGAAGUGGUUCACUGAGACUUCGGAGAAGAGCUCGGCGCUCUCCGACCAGGUCAUGAAGGCGAUCGAUGUGGCGGCGCUUUAG